GCACUUUUGCUGAUUGAUGAUCUGAGCUCUCCGACUCUACUAAUCAUCUUUACAUUCAAAUAUUUCUGACAGGGUUUUACCUCCACAGUUCCAUCUGAUCCGUUGUGGGUGUAUUUGAGGAGGUUAACUGCGUUCUGCUGUAAAUAUCAAGAUUUGAGGGGUGUCCUGUCUCCUCCAGUUGUCCUCUUUCCUACACAUCAUAACUUAACCUCCACAAGAAUAUCAAGCAUUUCAACUAUGAUGAAGUCAGAAGAGAUUAAAUGUGAGGAUCUGGAACCUGUGGAGAGCUGCAGUAGUGAACAAAUCUCUGAUACUUUCCACUCUAAGAUCUCUGACAGACGAGUGCAGAAAAAGAAUCACCACUGCUCAGUGUGUGGAAAGAGUUUUGAUCGAGAGAGUUAUCUCCGACAGCAUCAGCGGAUUCACACAGGAGAGAAGCCGUAUCAGUGCUCACAAUGUGGGAAGAAGUUUACUUGUCAGAGAAACCUCCAGCACAUUCAUGCAGGAGAGAAACUGUAUCAGUGUUCACGUUGUGAGAAGAGGUUUAGUGAGACACGUCUUCUCAUUAAUCCCCUCCUAGUUUAUACAGGACAGAAACCGUAUCAGUGCUCAGAGUGUGGUAUGAGUUUUACACAGAAGUGUCAUCGCCAAAGACACCAACGCGUUCACACUGGAGAGAAACCGUUUCACUGCCUAGAGUGUGGGAAGAGUUUUACUCAAAAGUCUAGUCUCCAUGUUCAUCAGCGCAUUCACACCGGAGAGAAACCGUAUUACUGUCUAGACUGUGGGAAGAGUUUUUCACGAAAGGCUCAUUUACAACAACACCAGCACGUUCACACGGGAGAGAAGCCGUAUCGAUGCUCCGAAUGUGGGACGAAGUUUACCUGCCAGCGAGACUUCCAACGACACCAGCGCAUUCACACUGGAGAGAAACCAUAUCAGUGUUCAGACUGUGGCAAGAGUUUUACGCGAAAGGCUCAUUUACAACAACACCAACGCAUUCACACUGGAGAGAAACCGUAUUACUGUCUAGACUGUGGGAAGAGUUUUAGUCGUGAGGACACUCUCCAAAUACACCAACGCGUUCACACUGGAGAGAAACCGUAUUACUGCUCACAGUGUGCAAAGAAUUUUACUACCCUGAGUGAUCUCCGACAACACCAGCGUAUUCACACUGGAGAGAAACCGUAUCACUGUCUAGAGUGUGGGAAGAGUUUUACCCAAAAAUCUAGUCUCCAAAUACACCAACGCGUUCACACUGGAGAGAAACCUUAUCACUGUUCACAGUUGUGUGGAAAGAGUUUCGAUCGAGAGAGUUAUCUCCGACAGCAUCAGUGGAUUCACACGGGAGAGAAACCAUAUCACUGCUCACAAUGUGGGAAGAGUUUCAGGCAAAAGAGUCAUGUAAAACCUCACGAGCGCAUUCACACAGGAGAGAAGCCACAUCAGUGCUCUGAGUGUGGGAAGAAGUUUACCUGCCAGAGAAACCUCCAGCGACACCAGCACAUCCACGCAGGAGAGAAACCGUAUCAGUGUUCACAUUGUGAGAAGAGGUUUAGUGAGACACGUCUUCUCAUAAAUCACCUCCGAGUUCAUACAGGAGAGAAACCUUAUCACUGCUCAGAGUGUGGCAUGAGUUUUACACAAAAGUCUAGUUUCCAAGGACAUCAGCGCAUUCACACUGGAGAGAAACCGUAUCAGUGCUCAGACUGUGGGAAAGGUUUUACAGGAAAGGCUCACCUACAACAACACCAGCGUGUUCACACUGGGGAGAAACCGUAUCACUGCCUAGAAUGUGGGAAGAGUUUUACACAAAAGUCUAGUCUCCAUGUUCAUCAACGUGUUCACACGGGAGAGAAACCGUAUUACUGUCUAGAGUGUGGAGAGAGUUUUAGUCGAGAGGACACUCUCCAAGUACAUCAACGCGUUCACACUGGAGAGAAACCGUAUUACUGCUCACAGUGUGCAAAGAACUUUACUACCUUGAGUAAUCUCCGAAAACACCAGCGCACUCAUACAGGAGAGAAACCGUAUCACUGCCUAGAGUGUGGGAAGAGUUUUACACAAAAGUCUAGUCUCCAAAUACAUCAACGCAUUCACACAGGAGAGAAACCGUAUCAGUGCCUAAAGUGUGGGAAGAGGUUCAGUCGAGAGGACUCUCUCCAAAUACAUCAUCAACGCUUUCAUACAGGAGAGAAACCAGAUUCACAGAGACGCCACUGGUGGAAAACGAUGUCCUUAAAACUGGGUCGCAGUCGCAAGAAGCCAGAGGCGACGGUGGUGAGGAAAAACUCCCUGAGACGAUAUGAGGAAGAAACCUUGAGAGGAACCAGACUCCAAAGGGAACCUGUCCUCAUCUGGGUGACACCGGAUAGUGCGAUUAUAAAUAAAUACACCCCUUCUAUAAAUGUUCUAAGACUACAUGCUGAAAUAGUGCAGUUGUAUUUGAGGGGUGUACUGUCUCCUCCUGUUGUCCUCUUUCCUACACAUCAUAACUUAACCUCCACAAGAAUAUCAAGCAUUUCAACUAUGAUGAAGUCAGAAGAGAUUAAAUGUGAGGAUCUGGAACCCAUGGAGAGCUGCAGUAGUGAUCAAAUCUCUGAUACUUUCCACUCCAAGAUCUCUCACAGACGAGUGCGGGAAAAAAAUCACCACUGCUCAGUGUGUGGAAAGAGUUUCGAUCGGAAAACUUAUCUCAGACAGCAUCAGCGGACUCACACGGGAGAGAAGCCGUAUCAGUGCUCGCAAUGUGGGAAGAGUUUCAGGCAAAAGAGUCAUGUCAAACCUCACGAGCGCAUUCACACAGGAGAGAAGCCAUAUCAGUGCUUAGAGUGUGGGAAGACAUUUACCUGGCAGAUAGCCCUCCAACGACACCAGCACAUUCACGCAGGAGAGAAACCGUAUCAGUGUUCACAUUGUGAGAAGAGGUUUAGUGAGACACGUCUUCUCAUAAAUCACCUCCGCGUUCAUACAGGAGAUAAACCGUAUCAGUGCUCAGAGUGUGGUAUGAGUUUUACACAAAAGAGCAAUCUCCAAAAACACCAACGCAUUCACACUGGAGAGAAACCGUAUCACUGCCUAGAGUGUGGGAAGAGUUUUACACAAAAGUCUAGUUUCCAAAUACACCAACGCAUUCACACUGGAGAGAAACCGUAUUACUGUCUAGAGUGUGGGAAGAGUUUUAGUCGAGAGGACACUCUCCAUGUACACCAACGCGUUCACACUGGAGAGAAACCGUAUUAUUGCUCACAGUGUGAAAAGAAUUUUACUACCCUGAGUCACCUCCGACAACAUCAACGCAUUCACACUGGAGAGAAACCGUAUUACUGCCUAGUGUGUGGAAAGACUUUUAGUCGAGAGGACACUCUCCAAAUACACCAACGCAUUCACACUGGAGAGAAACCGUAUUACUGCUCACUGUGUGGAAAGAAUUUUACUAGCGUGAGUCAUCUCCGAAAACACCAGCGCAUUCACACUGGAGAGAAAUCGUAUCACUGCUCAGAGAGUGGGAAGAGUUUUAGGACACACAGUAAUCUCAUAAAACACCAGCGCAUUCACACAGGAGAGAAGCCGUAUCGCUGCCCUCAGUGUGGGAAGAGUUUUGCAGAGAGAGGUAAUCUCAUAAAACACCAGCGCAUUCACACAGAGGAUAAACCGUUUCACUGCUCGGAGUGCGAGAAGAGUUUUAAUCGAGAGGACGCUCUCCAAGAACACAAACACGUUCACACCGGGGAGAAACCCUUUUACUGUUCAGCAUGUGGAAAGAGUUUUACCAGGUAUACCAGUGUCCAGCGACACCAGCGCAUUCACACAGGAGAGAAGCCGUAUCACUGCUCACAGUGUGGGAAGAGGUUCAGUGAGAGACGUAAUCUCAUACAACACCUUCAGCUUCACACAGGAGAGAAGCCGUAUCAGUGCUCACAGUGUGGGAAGUGCUUUACACAAAAGUGUAAUCUUCAGCAACACCUGCGCAUUCACACAGGAGAUAAACCUCAUCAGUGCUCACACUGUGGGAAGAGUUUUACACAAAGAAGUCAUCUUCAACAACACCAGCGUGUUCACACAGGAGAUGAACUGUUCCACUGCUUAGAGUGUGGGAAGAGUUUUACACAAGGAACUGAUCUCUAUAUAUGCCAACACAUUCACACGGGAGAGAAUCCGUAUUACUGCACACAGUGUACUACUUAUAGUAGUCUCCAUCAACACCAGCACAUGUGCACAACUGUGAAUGAGGACAUGCUGCAGUAAUCAUGAGAAUGUGGGGAAUUCCAUCCAUUUUCCAUACCGCUUAUCCUACACUGUCCUACUGCAUUUCAUUGCCUCUGUGCUUCUGCUCUGACCAUGACGAUAAAGUUGAACCUAAUCUAACCUGCACAGGGUCACGGGGAGGCUGAAGCCUAUCCCGGGAAUCUGGAAAUGCCAAAUCAGCCUGCAGUGCGUGUCUUUGGACUGGGGAGGAAACCAGAGUACACAGAGGAAACCCCUGAAGCACAGGGAGAACAUGAACUCCCUACGUACACAGGGUGAAGGUGGGAUUCGAGCCCCCAAUCCCGGAGGUGUGAGGCAAACAUGCUAACCCACUAAGCCACCUUGCCCCACCAUGGGUAGGAAUUAUAUAUCUAAAUUAAUAUUGGGACAAAUAUGUUCUAGAACCACUUUAUAAACUCCAUUGGAGAUUCUACUUCUGUAUAUUCCUUUCUGUUUGCUAGAGGAGUUGGUGGGAAUUUCAUCAGCCAGGAGCAUUCCAUGUUUUAGUAUUUUAUUAUUGUGUGCCCAAUAUCAUCCUUAUAUCAAUAUAAUAUAAUAUAAUACAAUACAUUGUGUAUGUAUAUAGAUAAAUAAAUAGACUUUUUGCCAUUUUAAGUGACUGAACAGUCAAAUACAAUAAUAAUUGUAUUAUGCCAAUAAGGUUGAUGAAAUUAAUCAAUUGUAAUAUUUUUUUAAAUAGGAAAAAUAAUAGGAUGUCUGGGGAUUUACCAAAUGUAUGAUAAAACUAAAUAAUUGUAUUGGUGGAUAUUGGAAGUUUAUUAGUAAAGGACCUAAAAACACUUUUUUUUAAACCUAAGAGACAAGUUAAAAUACUGUGCUUACAUUUCCAUACCGUGGGGAGCACAUGCCUUCACUUCAUGGUCUUUCACCACUGCUGGAUAUUUCAGUCCUCUCAGUUUGAGAUUGAUUAGGUAAUAACACUCUACUUUCUCACCUAUUUCCCCAGCUCUGACUCUCCAGCACUCUCAUCCAGCAAUGUAUUGGCCCCUUCUUCCAUACAUUACUUUGCUAUCUCUGCAGCAGUGAAUGGCUAAAUUUCAUUUGAUAGGAAGUAGUUAUGUUUUGUUUUGCACGUCACAUUAGCACUUUUGACCAAUGCAUGGACCUGAACCUGAAGAAGGGUGGAUAAACACAUACUUCUCUGUCCAUUUGUCAUUAAACUUUGUGUAUCAUUGAGAUUUCUUUUGUCAUGUUGUCUAUGUUUACAUGCAGUCUAGUAAUCCAUUGAUAACCCAACUGAUAGAUCCAUCAGAAAAGAAACACCUCAGUCGGAAUAGAGUAAACUGAAAGAGGCCAAUCCAAAUCAAAUUUCAUUCCCAUUGAAUGAGGUGAGUAAUCCUUUUGAUAAUAUAUUGAAUAGAAGAAUAAAAGCAACAGAUUUUCAUCAGAUUACUUUCACAAUCGGAAUGUAAGGAAAUACAGAUAAUGUUCCAGACGGGAAUCUAUUUAAAAAUAAUUAUGAUGUUGGAUGUACGCUCCCACAAUUCACAGUGCAUAUCAGACCAAAAACUUUGAACCAAAAACAUGAAUUCCAAGACCUCCAUAAUCAGAUUGAUAGAUCUGGACAGUAGCUCUGGAUAGUAGCUCUGGAUAAGGGUAUUGAACCAUUUCUAAAGUUUUCAAUGUUCUGAAGAGCACCGGGACUUUUCCUAGAGCCAUCCAUCCGGCCAAACUCUGUAACCAGCCUAAAAGAACCCAAUGGCCACACUAACAGAGCUUCAGAAGUCCUCUGAGGGACAACCAUCUCAGAAAUACUCCAUCAAUCAGGCCUUUUAUAGUAGAUUGGCUAGAUCAGGGGCAUCCAAUCUUAUCCACAAAGGGCCGGUGUGGGUGCAGGUUUUCAUUUCAACCAAGCAGGAGGUUAUUCUAACAGAAAAGGUAGACUGAAUCUGGAAAGGGAUGUACAAAAAUCACAUUUGAGGGUUAUGGUCAGAUGUUCACAAACCUUUGGCCAUAUAGUGUAACUUUAUACUUACAAUUUAUUUACAGGGAUAAAAUAACAAGCUGUAGUAGUUGUGUGCACUAGGCUGUUGACCUGGAGCACCGAGCCCUCUUCAAGUCUGACUGGCACCAAUAUGUUUAAGUUUGAGAUGUUAGUCAUGAUCUUUACAGUUUUAGUGAUUGUCAUUUGGUUAUGAGGUUCAGCCUUUUUUAGAGACCUCCCAAACCUCAUGUGGAGAAGCUGUGUGUCAGAGUGGGAAGGAGUGUACUGUCCAAUAAACACAAAUAUUUUUUCUAUGCAAAUCCCAUCUGCUUACACACCCAUUUACCCAAGAUGCACUGUGUAGGAGCCAUGUAAUAUGUGUUAUGACUGUUUAAAUUCUUUGGGAACAAUGUGUGUAUCAUUGAUUAGUCAGGUUUAAAACACCUGUUGGUGUAUGUGCAGUCAGGAGGAAGGGGUUGAGCUGGGAGCACAUAUUUUUUGUAUAUCCAUUACAUAGACAACUUGAUCGGUGUUACCCGAACCAGCAUUAGGAUUACUUUCAUAGUGAACAUUAGUGUUUACAGAAACACUCUGAGUGCUCGGACAUGACUUUGGAAUUUUCUGAGGAUAAAGAGCCUGGGAAAGUUGGCUUUGCACCCAAGUCCGCAUAAUCCUUAGAUCCAUAUCCAAAAUUUAUAUUGGAGGCCCCCCUGCACCCCUCCUAUGACAACACGUUUUUCCUCCCAUUACUUUAAAAUGUUAACUUGAUUAAACUUUUUUUUUUUUUUAAGUCAGUUUAUUCUAAUUUAAUUAGAAAUUACUCAUAAAGCCUC